UAUAACAGAGUGCAACUGUCAGUAGUAAAGUUUAGAAGUCAGGAAUAUGUCAUGUAGAGCAGGGCUUGAAAUUUCUACUCGCCUGCUCGCCAAUGGCGAGUGGAAACUAUGGGGGGGAGUGUGUCCCCCAGGGCCGUCUUGCUGAGCAGGCUUGGAGGUCAGGCCGGAUCUGUCAUUGGCACUGGGAGCCGUCAGACUGCUCAAUAGCUGAGCGCAGUGAAAGCAAAGCAAGGAGUGUGUGUCUGUGCUCUCUGACUCCCCCUAGAGUGCAGUACCCGGCUCUGUGAGUGA